AUGAUUUUUCUCAAGUCUCUGCCCCCUCAAGCACGUGGCCUGUCUCUCGGCCUGCUCGCCGUGCUGAGCAUAUGCCUUGUCCUGAAUCUGGGCGCCUUCGUCUUCCACCUCCGCAUCUUGACGCGUGGAACGCGGAAACACACGUAUCUCGAGGGCGAUCGACCCCACGCGCUCCAGCUCAGGCUUCGGACCCUCCAAGCUCACUUCCACGACGACGAUGAGCACUACGAGAUAGACGGAGCCGCGGCUAAGUUUGAAUGGAGAUCGAUCCGGCCGCCUGGCAGGGGAUUUGUCUUUUUAGGAGAGGAGCGCUUGCCGUUCGGUGUGUCGAUGUGGCACCAAAUUCACUGCCUCGACCACAUCCGCGGGGUGCUGGUAAACGGUGACGAUGGAUCGGAUCAUACGGCGCACUGCUUCCAUUACUUACGGCAAGCCAUUCUUUGUGCAGCUGACACAACCCUAGAGCCAGGAGGUAGGGCCAUGAAAUUGCCCAACGGGGAUAUAGUUGCACCGGACCACGGAGAUGUGCAUAUGUGCCGGGACUGGAGACAGGUCUAUGACUGGAUGGCAGAUCAGUACAAGUUGUGGACGCCGGACAUGUUUGAAAGGUUCAAUGAGACUAGCUAA